AUGCGUCUUGACACUGCUUGGCAGGCUUUUAAGAAUGAUUUGAAACAACUAAAUUUAAUUUCAAUUCCUUGUUAUGUUAAUUUGCAUUUUAAUGUUAAAUGCCAAAUUCAAAUGCAUGAGAUGUCAAAUGCUUUCAAGUGUGAGUUGCUUACUGCUAAAUCAAAAGUUGCUCCACUGAAAAUAAAAUCUUUACCUCGGUUAGAGUUAUGCGCUGCACAUUUGCUUGCCAAAUUGUGGAAUAAAAUCCGUUUAAUUUUCCAUCACAACAUCGACGAGGUAACUUUUUGGACCGAUUCAUCAAUCACACUACAUUGGAUCAAAACGCAUCCGUCCACACUUUUAACAUUCGUGGCGAACAGGGUUUCAGAGAUACAAGAAUGGUCAACUAAUAUAACGUGGCGACAAGUGCAGUCACAGCACAAUUCAGCUGACAUAGUAUCCAGAGGAUGUAACGUUACUGAACUAGUCAGUUCAAUUUGGCAAACUGGCCCUGAAUACCUGUCACAAGAUGUUGCCAAGUGGCCAAUUAAAAUAGCGCCAAUACUGACUUUGGAGCAAGAAUCUCUAGAAACAAGAGCUGUGGUUAUCGUAUCGGAAGAACCCUCAAACGCAAUUUUGAAACUGGUCGCUGCUCAGUCAUCAUACAUGAAGCUCAUGCGAAUUGUUGCUUAUUCCGAUUCAUAA